ACAGGCGCUGUGUCCGUCUCUGUCUCCACAGACUCUGUCUGUUACGCCUGUGCACUUUAUUUAUUUAUUUAUUUAUUUAUUUAUUUGUUUGUUUGUUUAAUUAUUAAGUGAAUAUGGAGGACAUACUGUUUGACUUCGACCACGAUGGCAGCACGGAUUUUGCAUUUUGGGGACAGAUGGACCAGAACUUUCAGUUUCAGAGCCAGCUGGACACCUUCCUGUCGGACUGCACGGCAGCCACAGGUCAGCUGUCGCCCUGGUCCUCUUUCGGCUGCCAGUCCAUGUUCCCGGACGCGCAGCUGACCUUCACCGACCUCGACGUGCAGUCUCCAGGCGCGAGCGUCAUCUACGCCGAGGGGGAGAGCCCCUGCGUGGACGAAUCCCUGGACGUGACCAAGCACAGGGCGCGCAGGAUCGUCUCCCAUCAGCCCUACAAGGUGCAGCGGCACGCCGCCAACAUCCGGGAGAGGAAGAGGAUGCUGAGCAUCAAUUCCGCCUUCGAGGAGCUGCGCUGCCACGUGCCGACGUUUCCAUACGAGAAGCGGCUGUCAAAGAUCGACACGUUGAGACUGGCCAUCGCCUACAUCGCUCUGCUGAGGGAGAUCCUCAUGUCAGGCUGCGACCCCAAGUCCUAUGUGGACGAGUGCAUGAAGAACGGCUACAAGAACCAGACCAACGCCAUCUGGAACACAAGUGAUCUGACAGCCCGCCUCUCUUGGAUUAAAUGGGAUUAAGUGAAGAACAUGGGGGGCGCCUCGACUGUGGAGAUGACGGCGUGGAGGUGGUUCACGUUUGUUCCUGCCUCUUCUCUUCUCUCUUCCCUCUCUACAUGUCAAAGAUAGGCUGGCAGCCAGCAGGAUGGGGCCCGCCGCCGAUCGACAUCUGCGGACUUCUCACCGGGUCACACACCUCAGGCUUUCUCCAACCUCAACCACUUCUUCAUCCCGCGUGGCUUUUAAUAUUCUAAUUCAUUGUUGACUGUAAUUGAGAGCCAUUGUUUCUGUGGCUGAGGAGGUAAAGACGGCCGGCACUUGUCACAGAGUGAUGGCGAGAGGGGGACACAGUGGCAUGAGACUGAAUGGAGGUGUACUCGGGGCUCAUACUUCUGCAUGUGGCCCUCAAGUGCUUUCUGGACUGCGGCUCAUUAGGCUGCGAGUCGAUGUGUUAAAAAGAGCUUUACUCAUGUAAAUGAGAUGACGACGACGACGGCGGGCGCGAGAAGCAGAUUGGUGUAAUGUGUUUUAGCAUGUCAGGUGCUGCUUCCAAUGAUGGCAAUACGGUUAAUUGUGUUUCUGUUUGUUUGUUUUUCUCAUGUGGAACCUCUAUUAUUAUUUAUUUAUUUAUAAUUGUUGAUUAUUUAUGGUUAAAAUGUGUACACGCGCUGCUGGGAUUAUCUACUGUGCGAUGACUUGAAUGUUUAUGGUGACUUUCUGUACGUUUAAAAGCUUCUGUACGAAUAUGUAUGAAUGUAUUGUGAUGGAUGGACUCAUAAAGGAACUGCAAUUAUUGCUCAAUUACUAAGUUAAUCUUAAAUUACUUUGAGUCUUUUUUUCAAAUAAAUAAAACAAGCUCCAUAAAUGUGAGCAUUGUCUCAAAGACAUGCACUCAAACAAUAAUACGGUACUGAAAUGUAGUCAAUGAAAAGGUGUGAUUCAGGUUUGUUGUUUUAAAGUGACGAAAAUGAACAUUUUGA